UCCUUCAGCUGUUUGGGUAACAGGAAGUGACGAAACUGCACAUCCCAAUAAGAGUCACACAUCUGCUCAUCUCUGUCUGUCACACAGAGAGCUUGUUAUGAUCACCUGAGCCUAUUUUAUAAACAGACAGACUUCGGGUACUAUUACACAUAAAGAAACUCGACCUCAUCUUUGGGAUACUCAGCGGAGGUCCGAAUAAAGCAGCGGGAUAAGGACAUUUGUCUCCGUUACAUAAGGGCCACUGCUGAAAAUUUAUCCUCAUCCAGAAGAGUGGAAACCUAAAACCUGAGCCAUGGGGGAUUAUUACGAGGUCCUGGGUGUGACGAGAAAUGCAUCCCAUGACGAUAUAAAGAAAGCGUACAGAAAAAAAGCACUGAAGUGGCAUCCAGACAAAAACCCAAACAACAAAGAACAGGCAGACAAAAUGUUCAAAGAGAUCUCCGAGGCAUAUGAAGUCCUGUCAGAUGAAAACAAAAGGAGACGGUAUGAUACAUAUGGUAAAGAAGACCUAUCUCAUAGAGGAGGCCAUUAUGAUGAGGAUUUCAUGGGCGGAUUCACAUUCCGAAAUCCAGAUGAUGUCUUCAGGGAAUUCUUUGGAGGCCGAGAUCCUUUUGCAGAUUUCUUUGCUGAUGACCACUUUGAAGAUUUCUUCGGUGGGCGGCGUCACAGGGGUGUUAGCAGGAGCAGGACGACAGAUUCAUUCUUUCCUGGGUUUUCUCCAUUUGGUUCCCCCUUUUCUGGGUUUGACGCAGGUUUCACCCCGUUUGGCCCAAUGGGUGGGGGUGGCUUCACCUCAUUUUCCUCCUCCUCAUUUGGGGGUGGUGGUGGUGGUGGUGGAAUGGGAAACUUCCGCUCUGUCUCUACAUCCACCAAAUUCAUCAAUGGGAAGAGGAUCACCACCAAACGUAUUGUGGAGAACGGUCAAGAGAGAGUGGAGGUAGAGGAGGACGGUCAGCUGAAAUCUAUCACAGUCAAUGGUAAGGACCAGCUUCUCCGACUGGACAAGUGAUCUCUGAACUCUGCAGAUGAACAUUCAAACAUUUUAACCCAAACAUUCCUAAUCAUAACCAACCCUCCCAACCAGGCUGAUGGCUACUAAAACACCUGCUCUCCACCAGUCAGCAAGCCAAGAGUAGGUCACGUGACGCAUCCAUGUGAUGUGAGCUUUUAGGUGGUGCUGUUACCCUCUGUGCAGUGAAUCGCAGACCUAAACAGGGUGAACUCUCAUUCCAAUGUAAGCGGGUUUUUUUUUGUUUGUUUUUUUUGGGAGACGGGGACCAUUUAUUCCACACAAAAACAGGAGACCUCCUGCAAUUCAUUCCUUUCUGUCAGCUGAUGGCUGUUCUUUCAUCCAUAAGUGCUUAUUGCCUGUUUGAAACUGGAGCUUAACAGGUUGUAUCUGCUUUCUGCUGUAGAGCCAUUCAACUGUUCAAAUGUUGAAGUCUUAACCUUUCCACUAUGAAAUAUUAAAUAUGAUCUAACCAAUGUUAGGAGCUGCCAGUUGUUUAUAAUAUUAAGCUGUUUAUAAAAUACUUCAUCAUUUGGCUUUACACCAAACUGUUGCAUAACCUGAGACCUUUCCAUUCCUAAGAAUAUAUAUUGUGUGACUUUGCCUUACAAAGAACAAAAUGUCCAGAAUGUAAAGAUGGACGAAGUUUCAGGUUCAAUAAAUCUCACUCUCACCUGUU